UUUUAUUUUUUUUUUUUUAAUACGAACCAAGGUCAUUAUACUAAGAAAUUCGAAUAAAUAGAAUAUUUUUAUUCUUACCAAGUGUAAUUAUUCCUACUAAACAUUUAUUUACUUGCUUAUGUUUUAACAAUGGAACAAGAUAACAAAACAUACAUACCAUUAGAUAUGAGUUUCCAAAAGUAUAGUAUUAAUAGUAAUGAAGGCUCUUGUUUAAGUGUAAUAACACCGCAUGUAUCUCAUUCAAAUUCAUCUAUAGAUCGAAUCAACAAAUACUUUACAAAUCUUAAUAUAAACUCCAACAUUACAAAAAAGAAGCUUGAAAUAAAUGGAAAUGACAAGUAUCUUGCAGGAACAAUUCAAAGUAUUAUCACUAGCAUGAAUCUUGUUCUUAUCCAACCAUCGAUGUCUAAUCUUUUAUAUUUAGAUACUCCAUUAUUUGUAUCUUAUCCAAGUUCUGAGAAUCAAAAUUCUACAAAUUAUAUUUACUUAGGCAAAAUUGAUGAUAUCUUUGGUUCUGUGAACGAACCAAUAUACACUGUACGUUCCUUAUUAGAAGAAAUUAAUAUAUUAAAAGUUGGAGAUCAAGUAUAUUUUCUUCUCAAUGAUCCAAAUACAGAAUUUAUGUCUAUUGAACGUAAAUUAAAUGGCACUUUCAAUAUAAUAAAGCACAAAUAUAAUGAAUAAGCAAAAAAUAAUUAGAAAUGGUUAAAUAAAAUUCAUCUUGAAUAUACUUAAAUACAUUAA